AUGUUGAAAAAGGAUGGUUCCGAUAACAUCGCCUCCAAGAAGAAUGGCACGGAGGAUGACAAGUUUCCCACAGGCCUAGCUUCAUGGUCUAUCCUAGGUCCUGUCACAAUCGCCUACUUUCUCAUUUUUCUCGACAUGUGUGUUGUGUCGACCGCUGCCCCAGCUAUCACACGGCAAUUCAGCUCCUUAGUCGACAUCGGAUGGUAUGGUGGCGCAUACCAGCUCGGCAACUCCGCCCUCCAACCUCUCACAGGCAAGAUCUACAGCCACUUUAAGAUCAAGUGGUCCUUUCUCGGUUUCUUCUUUAUCUUCCAGCUUGGAUCUGUCAUCUGUGCCACCGCUGUCUCGUCGCCCAUGUUCAUUGUCGGCAGAGCCAUUGCCGGUGCUGGCGCGUCUGGUAUUGGAAACGGCGCCCUAACCAUCAUCUCAGCUGUACUCCCGGCCAGGAAACAAGCCCAGUUUCUGGGCAUCAACCUCGGGCUUGGCCAGCUCGGUAUCGCCUUGGGUCCCAUCAUUGGCGGGACAUUUACCCAGAAUGUUACCUGGCGUUGGUGUUUUUAUAUUAACCUUCCCAUUGGUGCUGCUCUCGCCCUUCUCUUAGCCCUAGUCAAGAUACCGGAACCAACCACGAAGCUGCCACCAAGGCAAGUCCUUGGCACCGCCGUCAAAUCUCUCGAUCUUCUAGGCUUUAUGCUCAUUAGCCCUGCGGCGGUCAUGUUUUUACUUGGAUUGCAAUAUGGCGGUACUGAGCACCCAUGGAAUAGCUCUGUAGUUAUCGGUCUUCUGGUUGGCGCUGUUAUUGCCUUUAUCCUCUUCCUUGUCUGGGAGUACUUCCAGGGGGACGGCGCCAUGUUACCAUUUGCCAUGAUCAGAAAGCACAUUGUGUGGUCUGCUGCGGGUAACCUAUUUUUCCUUCUCGGUGCCAUUUUGGUGGCUGAGUACUACCUCGCUAUUUACUUCCAAACUGUGCUCGGCAACAGGCCUAUAAUGAGCGGCGUGCAUCUACUACCAACAACAUUAGGCUUAGUCAUUUUCACCAUGCUCUCUGGAAUGAUGAUUGAGAUCUUGGGUUAUUACCUUCCCUGGAGCCUGGGAGGAAGCGCAGCUGUUGCUAUUGGAUACGGCCUCAUGUCCAUGAUUAAACCCACGACAUCACCCUCAAAAUGGAUUGGGUAUCAAAUCCUCUAUGGGGUUGGUAGCGGUGCUAUGUCAUCGGCGCCCUACAUCGCCAUCCAAAAUCUUGUCCCCCCUCCGCAGAUCCCAAUUGCCAUGGCUAUCAUCAUCUUUUGUCAAAACAUGGGCGGUGCUGUCUUUCUUGUUGCUGCCAAUUCCAUCUUCACGAACGGCCUGCUCAAGGAGCUCCAGAAUCACAUCGAUGAGAUUGGCAUCGACCCAGACAUCAUCCUCAGGAGCGGAGUCACAUCAAUCCGAAGCAUCGUUUCGGGCGAUAAGCUCACAGCCGCGCUUGAGUGCUACACCACGGCAAUUAGCCAUGUCAUGUAUCUUGGCAUUGGGGCCGGCGUAGUCACGUUUGCGUUUGGCUGGGGCCUGGGUUGGGUCGAUAUCCGGAAGACAAAGCAACCGCAGGCCAUCCAGGCAAAUCCCGCCUCGACAGCGCCGAACGCUAAGGAGGGCGUGGCCUCCACUGGCGAAAAAUCAACCACAGCCUAA